CAUAUAGAACAUCGCCAACGAAGGGGAGUGAAACUACAGCUGUAAUAUUCAUCAGCCACCAACUGUUCACCACCAAUACCAACCGUUACACCGUUACAUAGGACAUCGAGGGAGGAAUGACCUGCAACUGCGUGGCCUGCCAAAGGGAAGUUCAAGCUGGAAACAAACCAGUCCACGAUAAACAGGUUCAUUGGGCGCCGAGGGAUGCCAGCCAAAAUAUACUGCGACAACGCGACGAACUUCGUGGGAGCAGAGAGGAAGCUGAGGGAGCUCCGGGAAGCCUUUCUGGCACAGAAAGAGGAGAUUCUCCAAUACGCCGCCGACGAAGGAUUCAUCUUCGCCUUCAUACCUCCGAGGGCACCCCACUUCGGCGGCCUGUGGGAAGCAGCAGUGAAGUCGGCCAAACAUCUGCUGGUGCGCGCCGUAGGCAACGCGCUGUUAACCGCCGAAGAAAGCGCAACGCUUCUCGUCGAAGUAGAAGCGGUCCUGAAUUCCCGACCGCUCGCACCACUCAGCAACGACCCCAACGACGGCGAGGCGCUAACGCCGGCGCAUCUACUAAUCGGUUGCCCCUUGCGAGCUUUGCCACCGGAGAAGGUACCCGUCAACCUCAGCCGCUGCUUAGAGAGAUGGCAGCUUGUUUGCUCUCUCAAGCAACAAUUUUGGCGCGCGUGGUCGAAGAGCUACCUUCUGGAGCUUCAGCAGCGCAACAAAUGGGUGCACCCGCAGCCCAACGUUCAACCAGGCCAACUCGUCGUCGUCCACGAAGACAACGUACCACCGCAGCAUUGGGUGCUCGGUCGAGUAACCGCAACCAUUCCCGGAGCGGACGGCAAAAUUCGAGUCGCAGACAUCACCACUAGGUCGGGUGAAGUACGACGCCCUAUUCACAAACUCGCCGUGCUGCCGGUGGAAAACAAGAAUUGAAGGCUGUUGGAUUCCUUCAAGGUGGCCGGUGUUAAGCCAGAUUCUGGCAAACUAUUAGAAUAGAAUAAAUUAAAUAAUAUUGAAUUUAAAAAUUGAAAUUGUAUUAAAGCUUAAUAUUAAGUUUAUUUUAUAUUGUUUAAAAAUUGUUUAAAAAUUGAAAUUGUAUUAAAGCUUAAUAUUAAGUUAUUUUAUAUUGUUUAUUUAUAAGUAGGUAUGUAGUAUACUUUACUGUUUCUCGCUGUCGCUAUUUCUAUUUACUUCCGAACAUUGACUUUAUUCUACAACUAUACCUACUUUCCGUUCUUCCUAUUUCUAUUUACUUAACUGCAAACUCUCUCUAACUCUCCACUUACUGUUCUUCCAUUUCCGCUAUUUCUCGUAUCUUAGUUUUAGGCUUAAUAUAAGGACAGUACAUGUGUAAUAAACUCCACUUUUGAAAUUGUAAUCGGACGAGUGCGGUGUUCCUUUUUUAAUUACGCGGCGUUACAGGCAAUAUACGUUUUAUUUCGCGCUUCUACCCUUACAAA